AUGCUCUUCUCACUUCAGCAUGCUAUUACCGCCCUUUACGCCAUGUGGGAGGGUUCGAAAGCCAUUCAUCGAGACUUGAGUAGUGGGAACGUAUACUACGACGAUACGACAAACUCUGGUCGCCUUGGCGAUCUGGAGUUUGUUACAUUCUACACGGACGAUGCGGUAUCCAAGGGAAACAGCCACUCAUUGAGGCACCCUCCAAUUCAUGGCUUGCAAGGUCUCCACCAGCUAUUAUCUAAUGUGACCACGAACUCCUUUGAUGACGCUAGCCCGGCUUCUCCGGCACUGCUAGACCAGUGUUUGGCUGUUUUGCCUGAUACAUUGGAUAUUCCUGAUACGUCUGAUACCAACUUGCAUUCUACGGAGGUUUACGACGAUAUCGACGAAACUCCUACCUUCCUACAUAAUCCAAUCCAUGACCUAGAGUCAGUUUGGUGGCUUCUGAUCUGGACCUUGCUUCGCUUCCAUCCGAAGUCAACUGCUCCUCUUGCUCCUCUUCACCACAACACACUUCGAGAUCAGCUCGGAGUUUUUCUCUCCCUCUUCCCUGGAACACAGGCGCAACACAUGUCCACACUCCAGUCAAUCAACCUCAAGCACACCUCUACUAAAAUCUCGCUCAUCGGGACCGCUCAAAUCUCCGAGCACGUUAAGUAUCUGUCAGCUGUGUUGGUCAACAUGUAUACGACUGUCGAGAAAUCUUUCCCCAUUCCCAAUACUGCUUUUCACGGAUUUCACGGGGCAGUCCUGGAAACUCUCAAUCUCAUUUCUAGCAAAGUUGCCUAUAUCUCUGUUGGCAAGCUGAUCCCCAUCCAAGACACAUUAAUAGUUCUUGAGCAAGAAAGGAGAGGUGAAGUUGGUGAAAUUCAUGGUGAAGUUCAUGGUGAAGUUGAUGAUAAAGUUAAUGAUUAA